UAUUUAGUGUUACUCUCGUUCCGAUCUGAUCUGCCACCUCUUCUUCUUCUUCCUUCAACUUCAACCUUCGUUAAUUUAGUGAAAACCUUAGCACUGAAAACGAUGGCGGUUCGAAUAUGUGUGCUUUUGCUUUUGCUAAUCAUCGGAAUCGUCGAACUCGAUGCCGUUUAUGGUUACAUUCGACCACCACCUCGUGAAACUCUCUAUGUUCCAAAUGCAGAUGAAGACCCCAACACGCCUCAACAGGUGCACAUAUCUCAAGUGGGCCAAAAUAUGAUGAGGAUAUCGUGGAUCACAGGGAGCCCAACUCCAGCAAAGGUUUCGUACGGUCCAUCCCCUUCGGCCAACGCAGAGUCUGCGACAGGGAACACUUCUUCAUACCAUUUUCUGCUUUACGAAUCCGGUCAAAUCCACGAAGUCGUAAUUGGCCCCCUCAACCCCAACACCGUCUACUACUACCGUUUGGGUGACCAACCCUCUUCCCAAACACGACAAUUCAAGACCACACCCUCCCAAUUCCCAAUCAAGUUCGCAGUAGUUGGGGACCUUGGACAAACGGAUUGGACUAGGUCAACUUUGGAACACGUGGGUAAGUCAAACUACGACAUGUUAAUACUACCGGGGGACUUAUCCUACGCAGACUUGGACCAAGUUUUAUGGGACUCCUUUGGUCGAUUGGUUGAGCCAUUGGCUAGCCAGCGUCCUUGGAUGGUCACCCAAGGAAACCACGAGGUGGAGAAGAUUCCGUUGAUUCACAGAACGCCGUUCACAGCGUACAAUGCGAGAUGGCGCAUGCCGUUUGAAGAGAGUGGGUCAGACUCUAACCUCUACUAUUCCUUUGACGUGGCUGGAAUUCACGUGAUCAUGCUUGGCUCCUACGCCGACUUUGACGCUUCCUCUCCACAGUACCGAUGGCUUCAAGGGGACUUGGGAAAGGUGAACAGAGGGAAAACUCCUUGGCUUGUGCUGCUCAUCCACGCACCCUGGUAUAACUCCAACACCGCUCACCAGGGUGAGCCUGAAUCCGUUCACAUGAAAGCUGCAAUGGAAGGUUUGCUCUACCAUGCCCGUGUUGAUCUUGUUUUUGCAGGACAUGUUCAUGCCUAUGAACGAUUUACACGAGUUUACGAAGAUAGAGCUAACAAUUGCGCUCCGGUGUAUAUCAAUAUCGGGGAUGGGGGUAACCGUGAAGGCCUGGCAUCCAAGUACAUAGAUCCCAAGCCAGAGAUAUCCAUAUUCAGGGAGGCUAGCUUUGGGCAUGGUGUACUUGAAGUAGUUAAUGCAUCACAUGCACUUUGGACAUGGCAUAAGAACGAUAACGAUGAAGCAGUUGUUAGUGAUUCUAUCUGGAUUACAAGUUUCUCCUCUAAUCCUUGCAAACAGUGAUACUUGAGCAAAAUAAUGACCCUGUAUACCUUGUAUGUCACAACAAGAUGAUAGUUGACAUAAUCGUUUAAGUUUAUGGUAAUCAUUUUGAAGAAAUAAUGUCAUAAUUGAAGUGAUUAUGUUGA